AUGAGGAAAUGGAGACAUGUCAGCUCAGAGCAGAGCCCGGCAGAUGAUGCAACACGAGGAGUAACCGCCUUUCAGAUGCUGGAAGAUUGUCCCGGGUCCAUGGUUUUUAGGCUACCUCCCAAGCAUUGGCCAAAGGCACCGCAAGUUGACAUGGAGCUCGAGGGCGAUCCUGAAGUGAAAGGGGACGUGACUUCACUGACCUCCAUAGUAGACAGAACCAAAGAACCCUUGCAGUGCCUGUGGGAAAAGUACUCCUCUUGGCUCCAGCUUGAAAGAGGAGAAGCUUGGAUUCGGAGGGUUAUCAACAUCGUUAAAGAUAAAACACCAACAGCAAACAUCAUCGAGUUAAGUGUUUCAGAGUUACGCCAAGCAAAGACAGGAAUGUGUAGAGUGAUACAGAGAGAGCGGUACCAACAAGAAAUGAAGCUCAAUGCAAAAAGAAAAAAAGGUUGA